CCCGCCCGCCCCCGCUCCCCGGCCGAGGCAAGAGGUGGUUGGGGGCACCAUGGCUGACGUUUUCCCGGCCAACGACUCCACGGCGUCUCAGGACGUGGCCAACCGCUUCGCCCGCAAAGGGGCGCUGAGGCAGAAGAACGUGCACGAGGUGAAGGACCACAAAUUCAUCGCCCGCUUCUUCAAGCAGCCCACCUUCUGCAGCCACUGCACCGACUUCAUCUGGGGGUUUGGGAAACAAGGCUUCCAGUGCCAAGUUUGCUGUUUUGUGGUUCACAAGAGGUGCCAUGAAUUUGUCACUUUUUCUUGUCCGGGUGCGGAUAAGGGACCCGACACUGAUGACCCCAGAAGCAAGCACAAGUUUAAAAUCCACACUUAUGGAAGCCCCACCUUCUGUGAUCACUGUGGGUCAUUGCUGUAUGGACUUAUCCAUCAAGGAAUGAAAUGUGACACCUGUGAUAUGAACGUGCACAAGCAGUGUGUAAUAAAUGUCCCCAGCCUCUGCGGGAUGGACCACACGGAGAAGAGGGGCCGGAUCUACCUGAAGGCUGAGGUCACUGAUGAGAAGCUCCAUGUCACUGUACGAGAUGCAAAGAAUCUGAUUCCUAUGGAUCCAAAUGGGCUUUCAGAUCCUUAUGUGAAGCUGAAACUAAUUCCUGAUCCCAAGAAUGAAAGCAAACAGAAAACCAAAACCAUCCGCUCUACACUGAAUCCCCAGUGGAAUGAGUCUUUUACAUUCAAAUUAAAACCUUCAGAUAAAGACCGCCGGCUGUCCGUAGAGAUCUGGGACUGGGAUCGAACAACAAGGAAUGAUUUCAUGGGCUCCCUUUCUUUCGGAGUCUCAGAGCUGAUGAAGAUGCCAGCCAGUGGAUGGUACAAGCUGCUUAACCAAGAGGAAGGUGAGUACUACAAUGUACCCAUCCCAGAAGGGGACGAAGAAGGAAACGUGGAGCUCAGACAGAAAUUCGAGAAAGCCAAGCUUGGCCCCGCUGGUAACAAAGUAAUCAGUCCUUCAGAAGACAGGAGACAACCUUCCAACAACCUGGACAGAGUGAAACUCACAGACUUCAAUUUCCUCAUGGUGCUGGGGAAGGGAAGUUUUGGAAAGGUAAUGCUUGCUGACAGGAAGGGCACAGAGGAACUGUAUGCUAUCAAAAUCCUGAAGAAGGACGUGGUGAUUCAAGAUGACGACGUGGAGUGCACCAUGGUGGAGAAGCGAGUCCUGGCCCUGCUUGACAAGCCCCCAUUCCUGACACAGCUACACUCCUGCUUCCAGACAGUGGAUCGACUGUACUUCGUCAUGGAAUACGUCAAUGGUGGGGACCUCAUGUACCACAUUCAGCAAGUAGGAAAAUUUAAGGAACCACAAGCAGUAUUUUAUGCGGCAGAGAUUUCCAUUGGAUUGUUCUUUCUUCAUAAAAGAGGAAUCAUUUACAGGGAUCUGAAGUUAGACAAUGUCAUGCUGGAUUCGGAAGGGCAUAUCAAGAUUGCUGAUUUUGGGAUGUGCAAGGAACACAUGAUGGAUGGAGUCACAACCAGGACCUUCUGCGGGACUCCAGAUUACAUUGCCCCGGAGAUAAUCGCUUAUCAGCCGUAUGGAAAAUCCGUGGACUGGUGGGCCUAUGGCGUCCUAUUAUAUGAAAUGCUAGCCGGACAGCCUCCCUUUGAUGGUGAAGAUGAAGACGAGCUGUUUCAGUCCAUAAUGGAGCAUAACGUUUCUUAUCCCAAAUCCUUGUCCAAAGAGGCCGUUUCCAUCUGCAAAGGACUGAUGACCAAACACCCAGGCAAGCGGCUGGGUUGUGGGCCAGAGGGAGAGAGAGACGUUCGGGAGCAUGCCUUCUUCCGGAGGAUCGACUGGGAAAAACUCGAGAACAGGGAGAUCCAGCCACCCUUCAAGCCCAAAGUGUGUGGCAAAGGCGCAGAAAACUUUGACAAGUUCUUCACACGAGGGCAGCCUGUCUUAACACCACCUGAUCAGUUGGUCAUUGCUAACAUAGACCAGUCUGAUUUCGAGGGGUUCUCGUAUGUCAACCCCCAAUUUGUGCACCCCAUCUUACAGAGUGCGGUAUGAAACUCAACACGAAGAACCAUCGUCUCCCCCGCCCCCAGCCCUCCAGCAGUGGGAAAUGAUCCUUAACCCUAAAAUUUUAAGGCCAUGGCCUUUUCUCUUGUUCCAGAUGGGGGCCUGAAAAUUUUAGGGUUUUUAGUCCAAAUGUGAGCAACGGUUCAGGGUCUGUCUCUUACAACCAUUACCUUAGUGGAAGAUGACAUAAUGUACAGUGUCCAGCUUAAUUAUGUAGAAGUCACAUCUGGCUGUAGGUUGACCCUUCCUAGAAAGCAAACAAACUCUCCCCCUUUUUCGGUACGAUUUGAUAUAUUUUCCUUGCCUUUCUGUCAAUUUCCACCAUUGAGGUCCCCCAACCAGAGAUGUUAAAAUGAACCUGUCCCAGUCCAGUGGGCUAGACACCCCUCCACCUGAGACGUAUUUGGAAUGAAAGAACGGGGAGCCCAGAAUGUGAGCCAGGUGGGAUUGGGAGUAGGGGAGGCUUUGAAAUACCCACUGCUUCUGUUCUCCGCCUCAGUGGAAACGGUCCCUAGAAUUUGAGAGGCCGACAUGAAUCAAAUCCCCACCAGUGAGUCAUUUGCAAGCUCACCAUUACCAUACAUUGACAGUCGUAACCCAGUCAUAGUCCAGUGAUUACUGGUCUUAGAGAAAACCUCAGAUGAACGUUGGGUGAAUCUGUCAGCUCCCCAAUUUGGUUGACGAUUAUCUUGAUACUUGCAUUUCUUUUUAAGAGGCCAAAUCUUCUAAGGACUUUGCUAAAUGAGCAUGUGAAAUCAUUUCAGAUCAAGGAUAAACCAGUGUGUAUGUAUGUUCAUUCUAAUCUCUGGGAGAUUAUUCUGUGAUCCAGGGUGCCAUCAGCAAUCAUGCCACUACUCACGAGUGUUGUUAGCCAACCCCGACCCUCCAACCAAUAUUUUGCUACCUAUGUCCUAAGAGGCUGAAGCAUACACCCCAUCCCCUUUUGUACUUAUUUAUUUACUAGGCUGCAAUGUCGUUUACGAGAGUACGGUGUACAGUAACUUAGCAGAGUGUUGACUAUAGCAUAAGUCUCCAUUGAUCGAUUUCCCUCCCAUCUCCAGCCCUUGACAUCCGCUAAGGGAUGAAAACCAAUACAGUUCAGGUCUCCAUUUCCAGUUCAUGUUGAAUGACACACCUGGAGCUGUAGAAUCAGGAAAGCCUGGAUGCACAUCGGCUCGAAGAUGUUUUAUUGCUAGAAGGAUUUUAAUAUGUUUUGCAAAUGCAUCAUGCAAUGAAUUUUGCAUGUUUAUAAUAAACCUUAAUAAGUGAAUCUAUAUUAUUGAUAUAAUCGUAUCAAGUAUAAAGAGAGUAUUAUAAUAAUUUUAUAAGACACAAUUGUGCUAUAUUUGUGAAGGCUCUUGUUUCUAAUCUGCUUUUAUGAUUAAGUUUUAGCUUCAUUCCUUGCUGCCGUGCUUCCUCUUCCCUCAUUCCCACCCCAAGCAAACCCUGCACUGUAUCAGAUAUAUUAAUUUUUUUAUCGUAGAUCUAAUUUUGAAAUGAAUGGCUAUUUUACAUGAUCAAUUAGGCAUAUGUGUGUGUGUGUGUGUACACACACACACACACACACACACACACACACUUUCGAUUCUACCUGCAAACAAAUGUUUUGUUUUUGGGGAUUAUUUCUGAGAUAACACUCCCUCCUAGCUCCUCAGCACCAUCGUCCACUCCUUUACCACUCUUCCUCUUGGGGACAUCAGGAAGUGUUUGACUCCAGUAUGCCUAGUAUGUUUGUGUAGGUGUGACGUUGUCACAGCCCCUGGGCUGGACUUUGGUUUUUCCUUUUCAGCCUUGUUACUGUUAGUGACUUGAGGUGGGAGGGACAGGAAGACGCCCAUCCUGCUAUGUAUGCGUGGACACACCAGAAGCACACCGUCUGUCUUGCUGCCCCCAGAACGACUCGCCGUUUGCUCCAGCACAUACAGACUUCAUGAGACAAACCGUCCAGUUUGGCAGCUCCCCCGCCCCAUCCCGACACAGCCAUCCCCUGGCUCUAUCCGCAGACUCGUUAGAAGCUACAGAUUUUCUUCCACCUGUUGCUGGAACCAGCCUUUCCAGUCUCAUGAGGAGUACAUCUGUGGUGAGACACUGUGAGACACUAACGCAAGGUCCUCGGAGAAGCCAGCCUCCUACAGCAGAAAGCACAUCCGACGUGGAAAUGAUUAUCCGUUCUUACAGGGUCUGCUCUAAGUCCCCUCAUUCUCCAAAUGUGUCUCCCAGCUAAGUGCCGCCUCAUUUUUUACUCUCUGUUUGCCUGAAAUUCAUGUAACACAACGACAGAAGGGUCUUUGAGACUGAGAGACCUGGUCUGUCCUGGGGACCCUUGACUGGAGGAAGAGAUGGGGUAGGCAGUGGGUCAGCCCCAAAAAGAGCAACUUCCUCCGCCGUCUCUUAGGGGCUGUGGACAUCAGAAUGCAGAAAGGGCCCUAGCACACCCAACGCUGCAGUCCUGCGGGGCAGUACACUUUGGGGACCCUUCCUUUGCCAGGGACAUCUCAUUCGGUUGAGUAGAAAAGGGACCAGUUUAUAGAAUGAGCCUAGGAAUCAAAACAACAGUCACCCUGCCCCAGGAUGGGGCAGCAGCAGGACGGACCCUCAGCCAAGUCCCAGGCAACAAGGAAGAUUCCAGAAAGGAACACGUUGGGGGGUCAGGGACCGUUCAUCCCUGAGCCCCAUUCUGUCUGCUUGUUUCUAUGCCAGCAGCAGUCUCAGGCUUUCCCUCACACAGCCAACACAUUUCCAAAUUAUUCAUAAUUCUCCAGGAAACAUUCAUCAUCUUAGCUGGCUUGCGUUCUUUCAGAAUGCAUGGCAAAGUUUUAAAAGAAAAUCUUCUGGCUGUGGGGCCCAGCGCUCGGCCUGCAGGACAGCGGGCUUGAAGACAAACUUGGGAAGGAGGCGGGAAACCCCAGGGCCUGGUGAAGUGUGACCGUGACGUACCCUGUUUGGUGUGUGGCUUUGUACCAAGUUUAGGUAAAGGCUAAUGUUUUAAAGGUCUGAGCAGCCCAAUAUAGAAUAAACCUCAUGGGUGACCAUUAUAGAGGAAGCAAUCGAUGUAGUUCAGUGGCGUCGUCCCAGUUCGUGGGCAUUGUGUGAAAGCCACAGGGAAGGGGUGCUCUUUCGACCGCAGCUGGCAGCUCUAGAAGCCCCACCCUGAGCACUUUCCACCUCACUGGGGCCUGUGGAGGUCCAGGGCCCUGCAUAAUCUAGCUCGGUCUGGUUCCCCGCCAGAUUCUCUGGUCCCAGACUUGGAAGGGCCGUUCACGUUGCCUUGCAUUAUUUUCCCUUGGACGGUGGCUGCUACUCAGCAGCAGAACUUGGCUCUGAGGUGGCAGGCCAGUGGACAGGCCAGAAGGCCACCUUCUCUUGGCAUCUUGUCUAAAGACACUAGAUGCUUGGUUUAGAUGGAAGUAUCCAGAGUGUGCUGGCCGAGUGUAGCCCUCAGAAGUCAAUGGGAGGUUCCCUAGAGGCAGGAACUAAUUCAGAAGGUAAUGGUCGCUCUUCAGCACAUCUGCUUCUCUUUGAUCCUCAUGACCUGGUACCAGUGAACGCAACAUCACCGUCUGUCUCUUCUCCUGAGAUGUGUCAGGCUUCCUUAUUAGGAAUUUUGGCAGAGAAUCGGAGAGUUUAGGGCGCUUUGGAAACUUGACCUGAGAUGAUCUGUUGAAAGGUGAUGUGAAACAGCCCCGGUGAUACAACCAGCCAGUGAUUGUGGAGAAAGUCUCUGAGCUGCAGUCCUCAGCAGAGCGAGGUGAUGUGCUUGCUGGAACUCGUGUGUAGACCCCAAGCGAGUCACUUAUUGAUGUUCAGAGAGGGGAGAGGUUGGUGGAGGCCGAGGUCAGUAAGGCGUUUAGAGAAGAGCAAGGAUUGAGUGUAUCCCGGAGGAGGAAGCCAGGAGGGUGUGCAAGGAGAGGGCAUCUCAGGAAGGAAGCUGCUGCUAUUUCCAGCGGCUUUGCCUUGUUGGUCGUUGAUGCACUUGACAGCCACCGCUGGCUGGUCCUUGACAGCAAGUCUGUUGCCAGGAACACGGCCUAGUCCUCCUCGAAAAACAUCUCCUGAAUGCCAACCGCAUCCCCACCAGCUGCUUGAAGCCCCCUUUCUCUGCCUGCCUUAGGGUGGCUCACAAUUCCCUGGGCAGAGCCAAACCAGCAUGCCCCGGGAGCCAGUAGGUUCCCACCCGUUUGCCUCUGUGGCUUCCUGCUGAGAAUGAUGGUGUCUGGGGGUGGAUGGAGAAGUGGCAAAAAGAACUAACACUGCGGUUCCCACCUGAUUGCGCCUAGCAGGAGAAAUCUGAUUUCUUGCUGGGAUUCAUUUUCUCAGUACUGAAGAGGGAGGAAAAGUGAGAGUCUGAUAUUUUUAAAUGGCUCAGAACGGCAACACCAACUGACAGUCUUUUUCUCACUUUGGUCUCAUGAAGUCACCUCUUUCUUGUGUGUGUGCAUAUCACACCAUUCCCUGUCUCUUUAAACCCGGCAAGGGCAGGAGCGCCUGUUCCCCCACUGAGUCAUCAUCAGGAAGGAGAUGCUGACCCAGGGGCCCAAAGGAUGAUGUUCCGGGAGCAGCGAAGCCGUGACAGUUACAGUGAAGGAAAGGGCACCCUGGUUAUUAGUGACCGCACACUAAUGUGACAAGUGGGGAGAUAUUUUUUUUUUUAAACAUUUUCCUUGAGUUGCUUGGGUAACAUCUUAUGAAACAUACCAGACUGUAAACAUGUCUGUCAUUUCCCAUUUGGGUCGAUGCGACAAAUCGGAAGAUACAGAAAAUUGCGAAAGGUUACCUGAGUUUUAGUGAGUGACGGCAUCUAGAAAUGGCAUCAACCACAAUCCUGUUAACUUUCUAAUGUCAGGGACUCUUUGGGAGAGUUAAAAUCAUGUAUGACUAGGACCCUUGUGCCUCUGAUCUGUGUGAUUGGGUGUCAGUGAAUAAUUGUGUAGGUCAAACUCAGUCAUCAAACAGCCUUACAGUGACCCUACACUAAGCCCCACAAAGUCCAAAGACUUUUUUUUUAAACUUAAGAAAAAAAAAUUGAUAAUUCCAAUAGAACAACUGAGUAAUACUGGGCUAUUUGUACUUUUUUAUAGAGAACUUUAAUAACUCAAUUCUUCUUUUAAAAAUAAGUUUUUAAAAUAAAACUACUGACAAUUUCCUAAGAUUCCAACCCCAUGGAGCCUGUAGGAGGACUCAGCUGGGGUCCGCUAGAGCACGCCCCCGACCUGCCCUCCCACUACAGGAUUUUCCCGUGCCAGUGUAUAUGGAGUCCACGCGAGAACGGCUGGAAAUUCAGGUGGAAUGUGUUGGCAGACUGAGGCCCCCCCCCAUAUUUUUAAUGAGCACUGGGGACAACCAUCUAAGGUCUAGAAACUUUUGGACCAUAGGAAAGAUAGGUUUAGGUCCUCUUCCAGAUGCAGCCCUAGGAGAGCAUUCCCAUGGGGUCUCUGGAUCCCUUUCCUUGCUCUGUGAGUCUCUGUGACCACCUUUUGGUUUGGGGGGCAGGGGGCUUCCUCAGCUCCGCCUCCAGUGCCCCCAGGUCCCCCACGGCUCACAGUCAGUGAAAAUUCAGAGCUGCCCUGUAAGGAUUUUGUCCACUGGGCAAUUCAGAUAUACUUCGAUAUCCCCGAGAAAGAAGAGGCAGCAGCAAACACUCCCAAGGGCAUCUGUCUCAGAACUCUCUCUUGCAUGAGACAGGAGCCUACUUUUCAGAAACUAUCAAGGCUACUUUAUAAGAACCUUUUUUUUUUUUUCUAAAAUCAGACAAAAGGUGGCUUUGCAUUUUCUGAUUAAAUAACUGUGUCUUUGUCUCCUCUGCUUAACUUUAGGAGUAUUUAUUCCUGUGAUUGUUCAUAGAUUUUUGUUGAUAUUUUUCCUGGAAGAAUGUGAUUGUUUUCUUAAGGGGAUUAGUGGACUAUUCAAAAUCAUCCACGAAGGCAGGUUAUUCUCUUGUGUCUUAGCGGUCUAAAAAUUCACCUCCUAUCCCUUCUAUCAGGGUCUUUUCGGAAUCUCUUUUAUAGAUGGUCAGAGACAUUUGAAAUCCUUUCUUUUGCCACAUGAGAGAGAGAGAGAGAGAGUGUGUGUGUAUGUGUGUGUGUGUGUGUGUGACAUGUCAUGUUUGAAUCGGUAAUUGGAAAACAUCGUAUAAGACCCCAAAUCUGUGCGGAGGAGGAAGACGAAGAGCUGGAGGUUGAGGUUUUUCCUUCUGCGUAAGCACCUACUGACAAAAUGUAGAGGCCAUUCAACUGUCCAAUAACAUUUGGUUUAAAGGAGGCAAGAUGGAUGUAUAAAUUACUGCACUGCUUUCCUCAAUUUGUAUAACCUCUGAUCUUUGUUUGCAUGACAUGCUUUGUUAGAUACAUUAAUUGUAGUUUGGAAGCAAGUGUGUACGAAUAAAUACAAUGAUCAUU